AUGUCUUCAGAUACUUAAUGUACAUUUAGAAAUAUAUAAGAGUUGCCAUAAGAUUAAGUAUGCGAUUUUGUAGAUUAAAACUGUAAUGUUGAAUAAUUAGUUAAGUUUUCUUACUUUUAUUUCUGUCAAGUUAAGCAAAAUAUUAUUGUAUUAGAUCUCCUUACAAUUUUAAUACCGUUAUACGCAUUCCGUAUGCUGAGUCAAAUAUCUGAAUAUUAUUUAUCACCAGCUCUAGCUAAGGUAUCUAAAUGCUUCAAACUUUCAUAGUCAGUUGCUGGUGUGACUCUUCUUGCUCUAGGAAACGGUGGCCCUGAUGUUGCAACAGCUAUUGUAGCUGGUAGCAGUGGUGGUGAUUCGAUUACAAUAGCUGUAGGAUCUAUUUUUGGUGCAGGUCUAUUCGUCACUACAUACACUCUUCAAAAUGUUAUUCAAAAUGCAGGAUCAAUACACAUCAAAUCAAAAACGUUCGUAAGAGAUAUGGUAUUUUAUUUAAUUGGGUGCUGUGUUGUAUUUAUCUAUACAAUAGUAGGUUCAAUUAAUUUAGGAAUGGCUAUUGGUUUUAUGUCUAUCUAUGGAUUAUUCUUAUUCACAGUUAUUUACUAAGAUCGUUAAAGAGCUAAAUAAGAAAUAGCUUAGAGUAAAAUUAGAAAAAUGGACACAAUCUAGACUUAAAGGGUUGAAGAGGCUUUACCAGAAAUUCCUUUAGAAUAAAAACAGGAAGUUCAAAUAAAUUGCAUCUAAGCAAACCAAAUGCCAGCCGUGCUGAAUACUCUUCAUGAUUAAAAUGAAGAAAGAGAUAUAGAAGGCAAAUCCUUUGUUUAAGAUGAAUAAAAUAAUUAAAACAAAGAAGGAUAUGAUUCUAUUAAAAGGUAGGAGACUGCUCCUUAUAACAAAAACUAAACUGAGGAAGAAAACUCUGAAGAAAAAGUUAAAGAUAUAAUGACUGAAAAAUAUGAAAACUUUUGGGAUAAAUUCAAAGAAAUGGGUAUCUUAGAAAGAUUAUUAAUACUUACUGAAAUACCUAUUGAUGUUGCUAGAUAUUUAAUUAUCCCUCCUGCCGAGGAGAAUUAAUGGAAUAAAUGGAGGGCUAUGAUAACAACAAUAACAGGACCUCUUGCCUUUAUGUGGGGCUCAUAAUAAAAUUUAAAUGCCACUAUCAAUGAUGAAGGGUUUUUGGUGAUAUAUAUAGUACUAAUAAUUUCGUUUAUUGCAUCAAUAUUGAUAUUCUUCUUUACUAAAAAUAACUAACCUCCUCAAAUAAUGUGGCUAUUUUCUAUAUUUUCAUUUGUUGUUGCAGUUGUUUUACUUGGCUAAGCUGCUUAAGUUAUGAUUGAUUUUAUUAAUUUUUUCUAAAUUGUGACAAAUAUGAAUAAGACAUUUUUGGGUAUGACCGUUUUAGCUUGGGGAAACUCAGCAACUGACUUUUUCCUUAACUCCAGUCUUGCUUCAAUAGGAUAUGGAGUUAUGGCUGCUACUGGGUGCUUUGCAGGCUAAGCCUUUGAUCUUUACUUAGGUUUUGGAAUUGCAUUGAUUUUCUAUUCAAAUUAAUCUAAUAGCAGUUUAUCAAUUUUUACUGGAUCUAGUACCCUUGAUUGGAUUAACAAUUCUAUUGCUAUUAGUGUUAUCUUAUUUGUUAUUAUAUCUUCAGCAAUAUCUAUAAUAGUUGGUUUAAAGCUAAAGUUUAGUUAUGAUUAAGGUAAAUACACGACUUUUCUUAAAUAUUACUACUUAUGUGCCUUAACCUUCUGUAUAAUCUUAUGUGCUGCAGAUUAAUUUUACGAAUGA